CACCUGCCCACAAGGUCCUAUAACAAGAAUGAGAAGCCAUGCAUGCUGUCAGAGUACAUGGAGCGAUACCCCUCUUAUCCCAUCACUGUUCCCAGAGACUCAUUUAAGCCAAAGAAUGCACAGAAGAUAGCAGAGUUAUGCAUGGAAGGCAUCUCGACUACAAAGGGAGAUUACAUAGCUCAUGAAGUGUUGCCACGGAAACCUAAACCACCUGAAAAGUAUGUCAAGAGUGAUGAAAGUAUGGAUUUGACCUCCACUUAUAAACAAGAUUAUAACUCCUACCCUAACUCUCAAGUACCUUCAUGCCUUCCAUGUGUGACGAAACACAUUCCCAGUGCCAAGAUGGAUACAAGAACCACUUACGAAGAUGACUAUGUGCACUGGAAUGAACCAAAGACAGAGCUGAUCAGACCAGAUGACAGGUUUCGUGCAUCAGAAGAAAAAUUUGACCACAGAACCAUUGUCCAGGCUGAUUAUCUCUACAAGGGGCCAGUUACCACUCAAAGCUGCAAACCUCUGAAUCUGGUCCAGAAAAGCAAGUCUCCCUUUGAGAAUGUAACUAAUUAUAGAGUGAAUUAUGUUCCACAUCCUCUGAAGAAACGUUAUGUCCACAAAUAUGAGAAAUACAAGGUCAGCGAUGACCCAUUUGAUGGCCUCACUACUCACAAAUUUUCUUACAAGGGGCUGGCUGGUCAGCCAGCCAAGCUGGCAAAGCCAUACCAGCCAAAGCUUCUCCAUGAUCUUCCAUUUUCUUCUACAACUGAGUUUCAGGAAAAAUACCAAGCUUGGCCAUGGGCUCCAGUAUUCACCAAAAAACCUGACGUAUAUCUUCCUCCUCUGGAGAAAAUGGACCUUCAUACCACUGCUCAGCUAGAUUACAAGCACCCAAAGGGCAAGUCAGCUAAGAUGUGUCGACCUUUGGAACAGCUUAAAAAAAUUACUGAGCCAUUCAGUAGCUCUUCUGUAAUGAAGGACGACUAUAAGCUUCAGCUGUGCAAGACACUAAAACCUAUCACUCAUGCUCCAGAGCUGACUUUCCCAGCAAAACCAAUGGAUUUCUUGACUACCUUUAAGACCCAUUAUGUGCCUCAUCCAGUCACAGUUAUGAAGAGCUAUAAGCCUGGCUGGUCAGGCCAAAAGCAUCACACUCUGCUAGAUGCUAAAACCACCUACGCUACCAGCUACACACCAAAGGGCAUUGUCAGAUGCUUGGCCUCUUACAAAGACCCACCUGGUUACGUCUUUGAGGAAACUGAUGCUGAUGGUCACAGUCUCUAUGUCCCUGCUUCCAAGAGUGAAUGCUUGCAAAGUGGGCACUGA